UUAUUUUUCCGUUCAAACUAGAAAUAGUGCAAAGUGCAGUCACCUUGAAGGAGUGAAGUCCACCACACGACUUCCUUCUUAAGCCACUUUUCCCCGUGUUUUGGCUCCAAACGGAGGAAACGGUAUGGAGCGCCUCGUCAAUGCUUUCUCUGUGCUCGAGCUUGAUGCUGAAGACGACGAUCAAGCCCGAGCGGAGGCCUCCGACGCUCCCGAACCCAAAGACGGAGCUACCAGUUCCGGCAUGGGAGAUAACAAAGCAAGUAACCAUGGUAGCAAGGCAAUGGAGGAAAAAACCAAACAUAAUACCCCUUCAACAGAGUAUAAGAUGCCUCUUGUUUGGAUCGACUUAGAAAUGACUGGUUUGAAUGUUGAAGUUGAUCGGAUACUGGAGAUUGCUUGUAUAAUUACCGAUGGCAAUUUGAACAAACAAGUGGAGGGUCCUGAGUUGGUUAUCCACCAAACUAAAGAAUGUUUAGACAGAAUGGGAGAAUGGUGUCAAAGUCAUCAUGCAGCUAGUGGGUUGACCAAAAAAGUGAUCCACAGUACAAUUAGUGAAAGAGAAGCAGAAAAUCAGGUUAUUGAAUUUGUGAAGAAAAAUGUUGGCACAUACACGCCUCUUUUAGCGGGAAAUACAGUCUAUAUGGAUUUCAUAUUUCUAAGGAAAUACAUGCCAGAAUUAGCUAGCCUUUUCUCCCAUGUUGUAGUUGACGUCAGCAGCGUGAGAGCUCUAUGCAUUCGUUGGUAUCCUAGAGAUCAAAGGAAAGCCCCGGUUAAAGAAAGUAAACACAGAGCCAUGGAUGAUAUCAGAGAAAGCAUUCUGGAACUCAAAUAUUUCAAAGAGAAUAUAUUUAAAGCUUCAAAGUCUAAAAGGUGAUGGGUAGAUGGAUCUGGGUUUAAGUGUGAAUUUCAGUGUGGGGGUCUAAUUUUCCAUGUACUUCCGCACUAGUAGUUUUUGAUUUAUAGGGAGUCUUUUCUAAUUUAUGAAGUUUGUUAUAAAUAUUUUGUUCAAACAUUCCUGCUAAUGCAACGAUUUUGGUUUAUGUGGGGAACCCAACCUACAGUGUAAAUGUAUUAAGCUAUCACCAACUUAUUUGUCACAUAACAUAAUUUAUGCUAUUUAGACCAUUUUCUCUCUUA